AUGCCUCGUUCUUUUCUCGUAAAAAAGCAUUUCAACUCUGCCAAGAAGCCGAAUUACAGUGAACUGGAAUGUCCAACAGUAUUCCUGUCACCGCUUCUUAUUAAAACUCUGCCAAUGCCAAUGAUCCAACCCGGGGUCCUAAGCCCAGUGGCCUACAGCCCCAUUACUGUGUGGACGGCCAGCGAUACCCCACUGUCCCCGCUGCCUACUGAUCUGUCACCUGUGUCAGGAUACCCAUCACCCAAAGACGUCCGCGGCGUCCUAGAAAGCCCAAGAAGCGACGAAGAUGAGCCACCCCUGUUGUCCAUCACCAGCUCGGGCACUUUGGACGUUGCGGAAAAGUUUCACUGCAGCCUGUGCCACAAGUCCUACUCCACGUAUGCAGGCUUGCUCAAGCACAAGCAGCUCCACUGUGACGCGCAGGUACGCAAAGCCUUCAGCUGCAAGUACUGUGAGAAGGAGUAUGUGAGCCUCGGGGCACUUAAGAUGCACAUAAGGACACACACGUUGCCCUGCGUCUGCAAGCUUUGCGGGAAAGCUUUCUCUCGUCCUUGGCUGCUGCAGGGGCACAUCCGAACCCACACUGGUGAGAAGCCGUUCUCAUGUUCUCACUGCAGCCGGGCGUUUGCUGACAGGUCGAAUCUUCGUGCACACCUGCAAACACACUCAGAUGUGAAAAAGUACCAGUGCAAGAACUGUUCAAAAACUUUCUCUAGAAUGUCACUUCUGCACAAGCAUGAGGAAUCAGGCUGCUGUAUGGCCCACUGA